AUGGCCACCACCUUCAUGCAGAGCUCUUCUUCUACCUACGGCGGGGGCUUAGGGGGCAGCACUCGCCUCUCCUCAGUUCGAGCGGGAGGAGUCGGCCGUGCUCCCAGCAUCCAUGGAGGAUCUGGUGGCAGGGGUGUCUCCAUCUCCUCAGCUCGGUACGUCUCCUCGGCAGGAGGUGGCUAUGGCGGGGGCCUGUGCUCUGGCUUUGGUGGUGGGUAUGGAGGAGGCUACAGUGGCUUCGGUGGUGGUGCAGCCUGUGGCUUUGGUGGGGGUGCUGGCUUUGGUGGGGGCGCUGGCUUUGGGGGAGGUUAUGAUGUUUGUGCUGGUUUUGGUGGUGGCGAUGGCCUCCUCUCUGGAAAUGAAAAGAUAACGAUGCAGAACCUGAACGACCGCCUGGCUUCGUACCUGGACAAGGUACGAGCACUGGAAGAGGCAAAUUCGGAUUUAGAAGUUAAAAUCCGAGACUGGUAUCAGAAGCAAGCACCCAUCAGCCCAGCCCGGGACUACAGCAACUAUUACAAGAUAAUUGAAGAUCUCAAAGACAAGAUCCUUGCAGCUACCAUUGACAACUCCCGCGUCAUUCUGGAGAUCGACAACGCCAGGCUGGCUGCGGAUGACUUCAGACUGAAAUAUGAGAAUGAGUUGUACCUGCGCCAGAGCGUGGAGUCCGACAUCAACGGCCUGCGCCGGGUCCUGGAUGAGCUGACCCUGGCCAGGGCUGACCUGGAGCUGCAGAUCGAGAACCUGAAGGAGGAGCUGGCCUAUCUCAAGAAGAACCACGAGGAGGAAAUGAAGGAGUAUUCCAACCAGCUGAGUGGAACGGUCAACGUGGAGAUGGACGCUGCUCCCGGCAUCGACCUGACCAGGGUCCUCUCUGAGAUGAGGGAACAGUACGAGGCUCUGGCUGAGAAGAACCGCAAAGACGCCGAGGCCUGGUUCUUCACUCAGACUGAUGAGCUGAACCGUGAAGUAGCCACCCACACACAACAGAUACAGACCGGCAAAUCGGAGAUCACAGAACUGAGACGCACGGUCCAGGGCCUGGAGAUUGAGCUGCAGUCGCAGCUCAGCAUGAAAGCCGGGCUGGAAGCCAACCUGCGGGAUACAGAAGGCCGGUACUGCGCGCAGCUGGCUCAGAUCCAGGCCCUCAUCACCAGCGUGGAGGAGCAGCUGGCCGAGCUGCGCUGCGACAUGGAGCGGCAGAACCAGGACUACAGGAUGCUCAUGGACAUCAAGAGCCGCCUGGAGCAGGAGAUCGCCACGUACCGCCAUCUGCUGGAGGGCCAAGACUCUCAGAUAUUAGGAGUGAACCCUAAGGAUGCAUCUCUGGGUGGCAGAAGCCGCGUGGGCCUGGAAGAAGAUGGAAGAUCAACAUCUACUCGUGACAGGAGACUCCCGUAA